GACCUUCAAUCGCUCUAUUAGAGAUGAUGAAUCGACUUCCAUUUCCAACAUCUUACAACAUACCACACUGUCAUCAAACAUUACAAGCUCUGACCUUACACCAACACCAUCCACUGCUUCCACUUCCAUGCCAACGACACCAUCAAAAAUGUCCUCCAGCCUAGCAUCAACACCAUCAAUGAUGUCCUCCAACCUACCAACGACACCAUCAACGAUGUCCUCCAAGCUAAUAACGACACCAUCAAUGAUGUCCUCCAAGCUAAUAACGACACCAUCAAUGAUGUCCUCCAAGCUAAUAACGACACCAUCAAUGAUGUCCUCCAACCUAAUAACGACACCAUCAAUGAUGUCCUCCAACCUAAUAACGACACCAUCAAUGAUGUCCUCCAUCCAGCUAACGUCAACGAUGUCUUUUGACACGACCAGACCUGAAUCGGAAGUGAGAACGACAAAACACAACGUUCUAGUGCCGACAACAUCUUUCUACAAAGGCGUUUUCAUCAGGGUGAUUUCCGCCGUUGACGUGACGAGAAUGGCCGAGGGGCAAUUGGAAGGGUUUCUACAUGCAAAUGAGGGGGCAAGUUCCCGUCUGAACCAGACACACGCGCCCCAGUCAAAAAUGGACUUCAGGUGGGACACACCGGCAAACGGUAGCGCGAUGGAGCUGGACCUGUUCCCGUCCGCGCUGGAGUCCACGGUGCUCCCCAUCCUCUACUGCUUCCUCUGCGCGUUCGGACUGGCGGGGAACGUCUUAGUUAUCUACGUGGUGUCCAAUUUCUCCAAGAUGAGAACUGUUGCCAACGUGUACCUGUUAAACCUCGCCGUGGCUGACGUGUUGUUCCUCCUGGUCCUGCCGUUCCUGGCGACAGACGUGAUUCUGAUGGCGUGGCCCUUCGGGGAUUUCAUGUGCCGGAGCGUGGUCUUGGCCACCAACAUCAACGGCUUUGCGAGCUUCUUCUCCCUGGCGGUGCUCAGCGUCGACCGGUACUACGCGACGGUCCAGCCGCUGCAGUCGCUUCAGCAUCGCACCGUCAGCAAGGCCCGCUGGGUGUCCGUCGGCGUGUGGAGCGUGGCCCUGGUCCUGGUGUGCCCCUUCAUCGUCUUCGCCAGGACGGCCACAGACACGAGCGGCGCCGAACACUGCAUCGUCGACUGGCCCGGCACGAUCGGAGACCCCAACUUCGGCAGCCAGGUGGCCAUCACCUACUCCUUCGUCCUGGGCUUCGCCGUUCCGCUCCUCUUCAUCACCGUGUGCUACGCGCUCAUCAUCUUCCGCCUGCGGGCCAAGGGCCCCAUCCCCCCGAGCGGCGUUACAGCGCGCUCCCGUAACAAGAUCACGGUCAUGGUGUGCGCCGUGGUGCUGGCCUUCACCGUCUGCUGGCUGCCGUAUCACGUCUUCAACAUCGUCCGCAUCAGGAUGGGGAUGGACGUGUCCCUGGCCGUCAGACAGACCGCCCUGGCCGUCAACCUGCUGGCCUUCUGUAACAGCGCCAUCAACCCGCUCAUCUACCACUGCCUCGGAGAGAACUUCAGGAAGUCAUUCCGGCGAGUCUGCCUCCCCCACUCAAGAAACACCUCGCGGAAGUCCACAAGAAGGACGGUUCAGACGUCAUUAUCAUCGAUACCUCGGCAACAGAUCGGCGAUACAGAGAUGAACAACCUCGGCGUCUCCCUCUUCCGAAGACCGAUGGCUAAGAUCCCAUUCCCCGGUAAACCACCCGGAGACAACAAGACCUCAGGCCGGGCGAACAGGGUGCUGCGGCAGCGGAGAGGGGUCACCUGGAGCCCGCAGACGGAACCAAACACCACCGAGAGCAGCAAGGAGAAUCCACAAAGUGAACACGCCAGCCUGAAAAUUACCAAAAGCAUCGAAGUCGAGGAAACCUCGGCGCACAGUUUGACUGCAUCGCCGGGAAGAAGCAGAGACAGACACGACGAAAUUACAACCUGCAACACAACGGCCAAAGAACCAACCACGAACAACUCCCAACUUGAUGACGACAGCGACCUAGGUUCGACAUGUACAGGACUAUCGUUGUGUUUCCCUCGUAAAACUCGCAGAUUCCAUGUUGCCACUUGGAAACAUGCCCCCGACAAAACUGCAGUCGACUCUCUGGCAAAGCUGACAAAGUUUAGAGUGGUUAACUACAGGGAGCAGUGGGUAUAAAAGGCCUCAUCCAUGGUGAAAUCUUAGCUUGCUGGCUUUAUUAAUCAUCACUGACGAAAUAUAAAGCUGCAGCUACCGUCAUGAUUUCGUCCGUACUUUUUGU